AUGGAUGAUAUCCGUAUAUGGGCGUCUUACCGGGGUCAAACACUUGCCAGAACUGUGAGAGGGAUGAUGUACUAUAGACGAGCUCUUGAAGUGCAAUGCUAUGAGGAUAUGAAAAGUGAACAAGGGCUAAGGAAAAGCUGGCGGGAAAUACCAUGUUCCUGCCGGGUUUUUUCUUUUGAAGAGGGGGGAGGGGGGGAGUUAGAUCGAUUACCUAUUUGGCUAUUCAUGCCGAAGUUUGAAGUUCCUCACAGGGUACGAUUCCACUAUGGUCACCCUGAUGUUUUCGAUAGAAUCUUUCACAUCACAAGGGGUGGCAUAAGCAAGGCCUCAAAGGUUAUUAACCUCAGUGAGGACAUCUUUGCAGGAUUCAAUUCAACCCUGCGACAAGGAACUGUUACCCAUCAUGAAUACAUACAGUUGGGUAAAGGACGUGAUGUUGGAAUGAACCAAAUAUCCAACUUUGAGGCCAAGGUGGCAAACGGUAAUGGUGAACAAACUCUAUGUCGUGAUGUUUACCGACUAGGACACAGAUUCGAUUUCUACAGGAUGUUGUCUAUGUACUUCACCACAGUUGGCCUCUACUUCAAUAGCAUGGUGGCUGUUCUUACGGUGUAUGUAUUUUUAUAUGGGCGGUUGUAUCUUGUUUUGAGUGGCCUAGAAAAGUCGAUUCUCCAUGAUCCACGGAUUAAAAACAUCAAACCCUUUGAAAAUGCACUUGCCACCCAAUCGGUAUUCCAACUUGGGACGUUGCUCAUCCUCCCGAUGAUAAUGGAGGUCGGCUUGGAGAAAGGGUUUGGUAAAGCCCUGGCUGAGUUUAUAAUCAUGCAACUUCAGUUAGCUCCUAUGUUCUUCACUUUUCAUCUCGGGACAAAGACUCACUACUAUGGAAGGACUAUACUUCAUGGUGGUGCAAAAUAUAGAGGAACAGGCCGGGGUUUUGUUGUACGCCAUGCGAAAUUUGCUGAGAAUUACAGAAUGUACUCACGGAGCCACUUUGUGAAAGCAUUGGAGCUGCUCAUCCUCUUGGUUGUUUAUCUAGCAUACGGGAGUUCUUACAGGAGCUCGAGUUUGUAUGUAUACGUCACAAUUUCGAUGUGGUUCCUUGUUUUCUGCUGGCUGUUUGCACCUUUUAUCUUCAACCCAUCAUGCUUUGAGUGGCACAAGACGGUUGAUGACUGGACUGAUUGGUGGAAGUGGAUGAGCAAUAGGGGUGGUAUUGGGCUGGCACCUGAGCAAAGUUGGGAGGCUUGGUGGGUGAGUGAACAUGAGCACCUAAAGAAUGGAACAAUACGUAGCUUGCUCUUGGAGCUGGUUCUGUCGCUGCGCCUCCUGAUCUACCAAUAUGGUAUUGUGUACCACUUGCACAUAGUGCACGAGAACAAAAGCUUCAUGAUAUAUGCACUAUCGUGGCUGGUUAUUGGCAUCGUUCUUGUUUUGCUAAAGGUUGUUUCACUGGGGAGAGAGAAGUUUGUUACCAAGUUUCAGCUUGUGUUCCGUAUACUCAAGGGCAUUGUGUUUCUUGUCCUCAUCGGCUUGAUGGUGGUCUUAUUUGUUGGUUUUGAUCUCGCUGUGUCAGACGUUGGCGCCAGUGUCUUGGCCUUCAUCCCAACUGUCUGGUUUAUUCUUUUGAUGGCACAAGUGUGUGGACCGCUGUUUCGGAGGUUAGUGAUUGAGCCACUUGGCGUGCUGUGUUGCUCCUGCUGCCCUGGUGGAGCAUGCCGAGGGCCUUGCUGCGCCAAGUUGAGGCAGAGUGGGGCUGUGCUCUGUAAGAUAGGGCCAUGGGACUCCAUCCAAGAGAUGGCAAGGAUGUACGAGUAUACCAUGGGGAUCCUCAUCUUCCUGCCCAUCGCCGUCCUCUCGUGGUUCCCCUUCAUGUCAGAGUUCCAGACGCGUCUGCUCUUCAACCAAGCCUUCAGCCGGGGCCUGCAGAUCUCGAGGAUCCUCGCUUACCAAGCGUGA